CUUCUUCUACUACUACAGUUUCCCACCUUCAAUUUGAAUCUCCAGAUUCUCUCCACCUCUCUCUCAUUUAGAGUUUCUUCGAGAUGGGAGCAGCUCACAGUCAGGAAGAUCUAGAGAUCUGUACAUCAGACGAGGAAGAAUACGAAGAGUACGAAGAACGAAGAGACGGCCAAGAAGAAUCAGAAGACGAAGACAAGUUCGAGGACUCUAGAGACGAUACGUUAGCUCCGUCUCCCUCCUCCGGUGGUCGUCUUCCUAAACCUCCUUCGUCGUCACUCGACGACGUCGACGCGAAGCUCAAAUCCCUGAAGCUGAAAUACACACUUCCUCCGUCUACUACGGAGAACUCAGCUCGGCUUUUCCGUUACAUCAACGGCAACACUCCCAAAGCGAAAUGGAUCACUGCCGAGAAAUCCACCGCUUACUCCUUCGUGAAAACCUCUCAAGUAAACGAGGAAGAAGAAGAAGAAGACGACGAUGAUAAAAAUCAAGAUUCGGAGAAUGAAUGGUGGGUGUUGAAGGUCGGGGGAAAGAUCCGCGAGAAGGUAUCGGAGGAGAUGCAAUUGAAGGCGUAUAAAGACCAGCGCCGCGUCGAUUUCGUCGCUAAAGGCGUCUGGGCGUUGAAAUUCGCCACCGCCGAAGGCUUCGCCGAUUACGUAAACAGCUACAACAGCUGCUUGUUCGAGAACAAUCACGGCGUCGAGUUUAACGAAGCUAGCAAGGCCAAGAUCUUCGGGAAAGAUUUCAUCGGGUGGGCGAAUCCGGAAGCUGCUGAUGAUUCAAUGUGGGAAGACGCUGACGAUAUUUUGCUCAAGAGUCCACAGUCCGCGACUCCGUUGAGAGAUGCGCAGGAUUUGACUGAAGCCUUUGAGGAAGCUACGAGCGAAGGGAUACAUAGCUUAGCUCUCGGUGCGUUGGAUAAUAGCUUCCUCGUGGGGGAUUCUGGUAUUCAGGUGUUCAAGAACAUGAGGCAAGGGAUUCAAGGGAAAGGUGUUUGUGUUAACUUCGAGGCUGGUUAUGGUAAAGCUCACUCUGCGCCCAGGAAGGCUCUUUUAAUGAGAGCUGAGACUAACAUGCUGCUCAUGAGUCCCAUGAGUCAGAACCGAGGGAUCCAUCAGCUUGAUAUUGAGACAGGGAAGGUUAUAUCCGAGUGGAAGUUUGAGAAAGAUGGAGUUGAUAUCUCUAUGAGUGAUAUUACUAACGAUGGUAAAGGUGCUCAAUUGGACCCGUCUGCGUCGACCUUUCUUGGUUUGGAUAACAAUAGGCUUUGCAGGUGGGAUAUGCGUGAUAGGUACGGGAUGGUUCAGGAUCUUGCUGCUGCCAGUGCCCCGGUUUUGAAUUGGGCGCAGGGGCAUCAGUUUUCUAGAGGGACUAACUUCCAGUGCUUUGCGACCACUGGUGAUGGAUCUAUUGUGGUUGGCUCUCUUGAUGGGAAGAUUAGGCUUUACUCGAGUAAUACUAUGAGGCAGGCGAAGACUGCUUUCCCUGGACUUGGUGCGCCUGUGACUCAUGUGGAUGCUACUUUCGAUGGGAAAUGGAUUGUUGGUACGACUGAUACGUAUCUGAUUGUUAUCUGUACCCUUUUCACUGACAAGGCUGGUAAAACCAAGACUGGCUUCGAGGGUCGCAUGGGGAAUAAGAUAGCUGCACCAAGGUUGCUGAAGCUAAGACCUCUUGAUGCUCAUUUAGCUGGAUCUAACAAGAAGUUCCGCAAUGCUCAGUUCUCAUGGGUCACGGAGGAUGGGAAACAAGAGCGUCAUGUGGUGGCAACCGUUGGCAAAUUCAGUGUGAUAUGGAACUUUCAGCAAGUGAAGAACGGAUCUCAUGAAUGCUACCAUGAACAGGAAGGCCUGAAGAAAUGCUAUUGCUACAAGAUAGUCCUUCGGAAUGAAUCUAUUGUUGACAGUCGCUUCAUGAAUGACAACUUUGCAAUCUCUGGUUCACCUGAAGCGCCUCUGGUCAUUGCAACUCCCAUGAAAGUCAGCUCUUUCAGCUUAUCCAGCAAGCGAUGAUGAAACAAGCAAGUGAUGGACCGUAAGUCUAUAUAAUUCGAAUCCUAGUAUUGUUUGUAACCAUG